AUGGACUACAUUAUCAACCGCCUACGCGAAGAGGGAUCGUCGAAAUCUAAGCUCUCUCGUGUUGAAAAGAGCGACCUUCGUAAUAUUGCAAAGAAAUACAACGUAACACCACUACGGGAGCCUAACGAUGGCUAUAAAUCAUCGCAAAUUCAGUUCGAGGACAACGAAUCUGAUGGUGGAACUCAGUAUUUGGAGCCACCCGAAGAAAUAAGCAUAACGUUGGAGGAAACAGUGAAAGGAAACGCGUUCUCGCGUUCAAAGCCUAGCGUCAAUGUAUCCGCAACGAGAUCACAAGAGCGUCGUGCAGUAUGUAAUCAUAAGCUCCGUGCUAUCAAAAAAGCAUGUGCUGUAGUAGACAAAACCGCCACCUCGCUGGCUAGACAUGGUACGGAUGAAGCAGUGGAACAGUUGGAGGAGAUAUUACAUUGCUUGCAGUUAGCUGCACGAUUUGCGCAGCCUUCGUAA